AGUAAAUCCAAACAUGUAUAAAAAAUGGCUGCUUGAGAGAAAUUGGCGGUAUUAUUUUCUUACAACUUAGAGUAUUUUAUCACUGGAAUUUUAUUAUAUGACUCAUAAUUAUUAUUUAUUAAGCCUAAUGUUUUAGAGAUUUUUUUACACAAAAAAAAGUAACGAGAAGUAUCAAUCACAAUUUAAAAGAUGAUGCCUCGACGUGGUGGUAAGCGGAUCCGCAUGGAUGAUCCACCUCCUGAGUAUCAAGAGCCUAUGACGCCAAUGAAUGAAAACAAUGGUACAGACGGUCAGGAAACUUACGCUGGUUACACUCCUUACAAUCAAUCAUCGCAAACACCUGCACAUACACCUAGGUCAGAAAAUUAUUCUUCAGAGAGUUACAGUUCUCCGAGCACUUCUCAAGUCAAUUAUCAAGAUCAAUCGGCAAAUGAUUCAUCUCAGUUUGAACAACCAAUGACACCUGCUACAUCGAACAGAAGAAUUACGAGAAAUACUCGUGCAAGGAUGACUGGAGGACCUGUAAGUCAACCAAAGUAUAGAGAAGUAGAUACUGAUUUUAUUCCUGCGCAACCUCCAGCUACAAGAGGUCGAGGAGGUGGUACAAGAGGUCGUGGAAAACGCACUGUACACCCAAGCAAUUCAGAAGAUGAAACUAGUCUUUAUUAUGUGAUUAAAAAUAAUCGAUCUCCGCUUACUACUGUCGUUGAUGAAUGGAUAGAAAAGUAUAAAAUGAAUAGAGAUAAUGCUCUUCUGAUGUUGAUGCAAUUUUUUAUCAAUGCUAGUGGAUGUAAAGGACGGAUCACCCCUGAAAUGCAAGCUAGUAUGGAACACGUAGCUAUUAUUCGAAAAAUGACAGAAGAGUUCGAUGAAGAAAGUGGGGAAUAUCCAUUAAUAAUGACUGGUCAACCGUGGAAAAAGUUCAAAACAAACUUUUGUGAAUUUGUGCAAAUUCUAGUGCGUCAGUGUCAGUACUCAAUAAUUUAUGAUCAAUUUCUUAUGGAUAACGUAAUAUCACUAUUAACUGGAUUAUCUGAUUCUCAAGUUCGUGCUUUUCGUCAUACUGCCACGCUUGCAGCAAUGAAAUUAAUGACUGCACUCGUAGAUGUUGCUUUGACGGUUUCGGUUAAUCUUGAUAAUACACAACGUCAAUAUGAAGCUGAAAGACAGAAAGCUAGAGAAAAAAGAGCUAAUGAUAGAUUAGAAUCUUUAAUGUCCAAGAGAAAAGAACUUGAAGAAAAUAUGGAUGAAAUAAAAAAUAUGCUUACUUAUAUGUUCAAAUCUGUUUUUGUGCAUAGGUACAGAGAUACGCUACCAGAAAUACGCGCUAUAUGUAUGGCAGAAAUCGGUGUAUGGAUGAAAAAAUUUCAUCAGAACUUUCUUGAUGAUUCAUAUCUCAAAUACAUCGGUUGGACCCUUCACGAUAAAGUUGGUGAAGUGCGAUUGAAAUGCUUGCAAGCUUUACAGCCGCUCUACGCAUCAGAAGAAUUAAAAGCUAAACUGGAACUUUUUACAAGUAAAUUCAAAGAUAGAAUUGUUGCCAUGACACUGGAUAAAGAAUACGAUGUAGCUGUACAAGCUGUAAAGCUUGUUAUAUCAAUUCUCAAACAUCACAGAGAAAUUCUCACUGACAAAGACUGCGAACAUGUAUAUGAAUUAGUGUAUUCAUCACAUCGUGCAGUCGCUCAAGCUGCUGGUGAAUUUCUCAAUGAGCGUCUAUUUACACCUGACGAAGAAGCGGUGGCAGGUGUAAAAACUAAAAGAGGGAAAAAGAGACUUCCAAAUACACCAUUAAUUCGCGAUUUAGUUCUGUUUUUCAUUGAAUCUGAAUUACAUGAACACGGAGCUUAUUUAGUGGAUUCAUUGAUAGAGACAAAUCCAAUGAUGAAAGAUUGGGAAUGCAUGACAGAUUUAUUGUUAGAAGAUCCAGGUCCAGAAGAAGAGGCAUUGGAUAAUCAAAAAGAAACUUCAUUAAUUGAGUUAAUGGUUUGUUGCAUAAGACAAGCAGCAACGGGUGAAGCUCCUGUUGGACGGGGGCCUACACGUAAAAUGUUAUCGACAAAGGAACAAAAACAAGUUCAAGAUGAUAAGCAAAGACUGACGGAACACUUUAUUCAGAAGCUUCCAAGUUUACUGGAAAAAUACAGUGCAGAUCCUGAUAAAUUAACAAAUUUAUUAUCAAUUCCUCAGUAUUUCGAAUUAGACAUUUACACUAAAUCUAGACAAGAGAAAUACCUCGAGGCGUUGUUGGAAAAAAUACAUAACAUAGUCGAGAAAUCUCAUGAUAAUGAUGUCUUAGAAACUGCAGCCAAGACUUUGGAACAUAUGUGUGCAGAGAGUAUUUCUAUUUUUACCAAAUGUGAUAUAUCACGUUCAACAUUAAUCGAUUCUAUUGUGAAUAAAUACAAAGAAUCAAUAGAUGAUUAUAGAAAUGUAGUCGAAGAAGGAGAACAACCCGAUGAGGAUGAGAUUUUCAAUGUAAAUAUUUCUCUUAAGAAAGUGUCAAUAUUUUAUAGCUGCCACAAUUUGAAUAGUUGGAACAUUUGGGAUUCUCUCUAUAGUGAUAUUGAAGAUGCAAAAAAUCCCAACAAGCAAUUCCCAGAAGAAGCUGGAAAGUAUGCUAUAAGUGCAUGCUUCUUUUCUUUACUCUGGGGUCAGAAUCAACUGAUAGAAGCUACAGAUACGAGUUCACGAGCUGAAGAAGAGGCGCAACAAUUACAGUACAGGCUGUAUAAUUUUAUGGACUCUAUGAGGUACUUUGUUGCUGGUGAAGGAAAUAAUAUCACUAUUUUAAGAGAAGAAGCUUACAAUAGAAUAUGUGAUGCACUUGUUAUAUUCUGUCAUCAAUUAGGAACGCAAACAAACGUUUUAUUACAUAAACUUAUUUAUGGAGCUGAUUCCGUCAUGCAGAGCAUGUUAAAUCAGUUUAUUCAAGAAUAUGUCUUUGUUGAAGAAGAAGAUGAUGAACAUGAUGAGCAUUCACGUAUUGAGGAACUGCAUAAGAGACGUAAUUUCCUUGCUGGAUAUUGUAAGUUAAUCGUUUAUAAUAUAAUUCCAACAAAAGCUGCGGCAGAUGUCUUCAAACAUUAUGUUAAAUACUACAAUGAUUAUGGUGAUAUAAUAAAAACAACGUUAGGUAAAGCAAGAGAUAUUAAUAAAGUCAAUUGUGCACUAACAAUGCAAUUGAGUUUGAAUACUCUUUACAAUGAAAUUUUAAAAGAACAUGGACAAGUCAAUAGAACCAGUGAGGAAUUUAUGGCAAUAAAAGAACUCGCUAAACGAUUUGCUUUGUCAUUUGGAUUGGAUGCUGUGAAAAAUCGUGAAGCCAUCACAGCUUUGCAUAGAGAAGGUAUUUUAUUUGCUAUUACUCCACCUCAAGGUGUUGAACCAGAUCCAACGGGACCACCACCAAAUCUACUGUACCUGGAAAUUCUUUCUGAAUUCACAAAUAAAUUGUUAAAGCAAGACAAACGACUUGUAUUAAACUUCUUAGAUAAGAGAUUACCUGCUGGAAUGCCAUCAUCACGAGGAGAAGACUGGCAGCCUCUUCUAUUUUAUAAAAAUAGUUUAUUACAUGGAGAGACUGAUCAAGUUCUUGUACCAAGUAAACGAGCUUACACUAGACGUAAAAAGGAUCAGUUAGCAGAAGAAGAGGAAGCGGAAGAAGCAGAUGAAGGUUCUGACCAUGAGAUCAUGGGCAAACAAAAAAAGAAACGACCGCCGAAGAAAACGCCACCUAGUGCGAGUAAAACACCAAAUGCACGAUCUAAAAUUUCCGGAUUUUUUGAUACAAAUGAGCCAAAUACUCCAUCGUCACCUCUACAAUCAGAAGAACCUCCAAGUCCUUCUCAAGAAGUUGAUGAUAGACUUAAAACACUACAAAUCCAAGGAAACAGAGGGCGUCGAAGCCAAGAACAGGCUGGGACUCGAGAGCUGCGAAGGACGUCAAGAAACUCUGGAAGAUAUGUUGAAGGACAGUACAUGGAAUCUGAUUCGGAUUAAAUUUGGGAAGAAGUUAAUUUCACAACAAAGUCAUUACUUCAAGAACUAUCACUUUAUGCAAAUACUUAAAUUGUUAUACUUCGUUUUUUUUUUAAUAUAUAUGUUCUUUUAAAUUUAUUGAUUGUUACAUGUGGUAAAGUCGUUACCACUAGAAACACUUCUACGAACUGACAAAAUUGGAAGAGAUAUGAAUAUUAAGUAAUAAU